AAAGACGGCGUUUCUCCACACAAAAUCAAUCAGUUUAAUCAUUUUCCUAAAAAUAGAGUCACCUUUAAAAAUUAUUCUCUCAUAAAAUGAUCAAACCAAUUGCAUUACUGGUUUUGGGAGCUUUUCUCUCAACGCCAGCCAUGGGACAAUGGGAGACCAAUAUGGUCCCAGGUCGUCACACCAUGGUCCAUCUUUUUGAGUGGAAAUGGUCAAAUAUUGCCGACGAAUGUGAAAGAUUCCUCGGCCCUUUCGGCUACGGUGGCGUGCAGGUGUCACCUCCCAAUGAAAAUGCAGUGAUCAACGAUCCAUUUCGCCCUUGGUACGAGAGAUACCAACCCGUUUCGUACAAAUUGGAGACACGAUCCGGUAACGAAACCGAGUUUGCCGACAUGGUUCGUCGCUGUAACGCCGUGGGUGUCCGAAUUUACGUGGACGCCGUGAUCAACCACAUGACGGGUGCCUUCUUUGAAGGCGUCGGGACGGGCGGCAGUACUUUCUCCGGUCCGAAUAAAGACUACCCCGGCGUGCCUUACGGUGUCCUCGAUUUUAAUGGAAUCGGAAUAGGCGAAGGCGACUGCCCUAAUCCCAUCGGAAAUGUUUCCGACUACAGUAAUCCGAUUGAAGUCAGGAAUUGCGAACUUGUAUUUCUCCGUGAUUUGAAAUUGGGCUCGGAGUAUCCGCGUGUAAAGAUUUUGGAGUAUCUCAAUAAAUUGGUCGACUUGGGCGUGGCAGGAUUUAGAGUUGAUGCUUCCAAACACAUGUGGCCAGAGGAUAUGACUCUCAUCUUGGGUGGGUUACACUAUCUCCCGACAGAGCAUGGCUUCCCAGCCUUUAAAAAGCCAUUCAUUGUCCAAGAAGUUAUCGAUCUGGGAAAUGAGCCAAUUCCAGGCUCGGAAUAUUUUAGUAUUGGGCGAGUAACAGAGUUCAAAUAUGGGGCACAUUUAGGCCGAGUAUUCCGAAAAGUUGGUGACGAGAAGUUGGCAUAUCUCGUCAAUUGGGGUCCUGGCGAAACAGGAUGGGGAUUAUAUCCUUCCAACAAUGCUUUAGCAUUUAUUGACAAUCACGACAAUCAACGAGGCCAUGGAGCUGGUGGGGCGGAUAUUCUGACCUUCCGUGACUUCAGGUUGUACAAAAUGGCUCAAGCUUUUAUGCUAGCCCAUCCAUACGGUGUGACCAGAGUGAUGUCCUCGUAUGGAUGGGAGCCAUACGAGGCUAACUGGAUUGGACCCCCAAACACGGACGGAGCCACGGACGACGUUCCUGUCAAUGAGGAUAUGACCUGUAGUGGAGGAUGGAUUUGUGAACACAGAUGGCGUCAGAUUUACAAUAUGGUCAAAUUCCGAAAUGUUGUCGAAGGAACUGGGUUGAAUGACUGGACUGAUAAUAUGAGCAAUCAAAUCACAUUUUGUCGUGGUGACAAAGGAUUCAUCGCAAUCAACAAUGACGAUUUCGAAAUGAGACGAACCUUUGUGCAGACUUGUCUCCCCCAAGGAACGUACUGUGACGUGAUAUCAGGCAACCUGGAGAAUGGGACGUGUACAGGAAAAUCCGUAGUUGUCGCUUCAUUUGGAUACGCAGACAUUUAUAUUUCAAAUCUUGACGAAGAUCCAAUGAUCGCGUUGCAUGCAGAGGCUAAAUUAUAGGCAACAAAGUAGGAAUGGUAUCUUACAUUACAAAUAAAAUAAUGGGUUUAAUAUAUGUAAGCUCUAAUUUAAUAAAAAUUUAUUAAAUUUA